CAGCACCACAGGGGCUGCCCUGCUCAGCUGUCGCUGUCCUUGACGCUCCCCGUGACGCUCCCGCUGGGCUCAGCCUCGCCGCCGGCACCAGUGCUUGCAGUGCCUGCAGUCCUCGCUCAUGGACCUGAGCCACGUCCCCACCGCCCGGGAGAAGGGCUGGUACCUGGCGCUGAUGGCCCCCAACGUCAAGGGUCCCAACUAUGCCUGGCUGGACCCCUCCCGGCUCUACUGCCACCCGCAAGCCUUGCAGGACUGCGUGGCUGACCUGCUGCAGCCCUUCCAGGGAGACCCCAUCGACAUGGUGGCCGGCAUCGACGCCAUGGGCUUCAUCCUGGGUGCUGCCAUUGCUGCCACACUGCGGAAAGGCUUCCUGGCCAUCCGCAAAGCCGGGCACCUCUGCGUGCAGACCCUGGCACAGCCCUACACCGACUACUCAGGCCGAGAGAAGGUGAUGGAGGUUCGCACCGAUGCCAUCUCACCGGGUCUCCGUAUCCUCCUGGUGGACCAGUGGGUGGAAACAGGGGGCACCAUGCGAGCAGCCAUCCAGCUGGUGGAGCAGCUGGGGGGUGUCGUGGCAGGUGUCACCACCAUCUGCAUCGAGGACAGCGAGGGCGGGCGGUGGAUCCAGCAGCGCUACAAGUGCUCCCACUGCGUCCCCCCCCGCCUGCAGCCCCACUUUGACCAUCACCAGUUCGGCUGGGAAUGACGGGGGGGCUGCAAUGACAUGUCCACCCAUGUCCCCCAAAGGGACUGCCAGCUCUUCAGGGCUGGGAUGCCCAGGGCAUUCACCACCUGGUUUGGCUGUUGCUGUACCCAAGAUGGUCACCCCCCCUUGAUAGCAGCCAUCCUCCCCUGGCUCUGUGCUCCUGCCUGGGGGCUGUGUCCUGGGAAGCCCCCCCCUCCCCCACAGCCCCACACUUUUCUUAAAAAGCAUAAAAAAAGGUUUUAUUAAGACAAA